GAAGGGGGCCUCCUGACUGAGUUGUCUCACCAUUUGUGUUGUGUUAUAGCACCCUCCCAGGCGGAGGCCGACYGMGAGGUGGAAGUGGUGUAUGUGAGGCAGCCAACAGUUGAGCAGGCUCUUCUGGCCAGGGAACUCCUGCUGCCUCUCACCUUCUUCUGCUACCAGAACGAACCAGGAUAUASCAGCGACGCCCAGACAGAUGAUGAGGACUUUGAGACAGCAGUUAAAGCCCUGAAUGGAAAACUGUACCAGGAUCCUCCUGAGAGAGAAGCUGCAAGUGCAGGUUCUGCAGGUCAGGCGGACGCAGGUGUUCAGGGUCUGGACCUGGAGCUUGAGGUGGUAUGGGAGAAGAGGCCUACUCCAGAGCAGGAACAGAAAGCCAGGACCCUGCAGCUGCCUUCAACCUUCUUCUGUGGUGUAGGCAGCGAUAGCGAGGCAGAGAAGGACAAGCCAGAGGAUUUUGAGACAGAGCUUCGCAAAGCACAGGAGGCUCUGGAUGCUGAGAGAAGCUCAGACCCUGUUUCAUCUGAGGCUGUGUCCUCUAGCACCGGCGAUACUGUGCCAGAACAACAGGUCCCAGACCAGUCCCCCAGCAGCCAGGAACAGGCUUCAGAUCAGUCUGAGGCAGAAGUCCAGUCCACUACAGCAGAAGAACAGGUCCCAGAUCAGUCCUUAACCAUACAGGAGGCUGAAAUCCCAACCCCAGGUAGCCAGGAACAGGCCACAGAACAGUUGGUUACCAUCCACCGUUGUUGUUGUUGUUGA